AAACGAAUCGCUUUCCUUUCGAUCAGAGGAAGCACUCUGCAUCUUCAACAGCUCCAUCAUCUCUGGCGGACCAGGUCCAUCUUUGACGAUUUAGUCUGCUAUUGUUCUCAAAGCAUCUCCAUCAACAAACAACGGAAGCUGGACGCCUAUUACGAGAGGUCAAAAGAGAGAAAACUAAUGAAAGACUUAGACUUCAACUCUAAAAGAGACAAUACAGCAACACUGCAGGUGCGGUUUGAGACUAAGGCUCUUUUUGGCAGUCAUAGUUUGUUUGUUUUGCUUCUUCUGUUAGUUUGUCAUAGAAAUUGCCAUGUUUCUGAAAUUCCUC